CUAUCAGUAUCCCUGAAAUUUUGGCGGAUGGAGGAGGCUUAGAUGUGUUGGAACGAUAUCAAAAUUCCCAACCAUCGCCGAGUCUCUCUGACAUAGACCGACUAGAAAUUGUUAGAAUACUGAUGGCCGACUUGACUAAAAAAUGUGGAAACAUGUAUCCCUCAUCGGAUAUUAAAGAUGCCACAGCUAAGGCUCUCGUAGAAUUUUUCCCUUGCCUUGCACUGAUCAGGCCUGGAGUGUCUUCUCACUGCCACUUUUAUAACAACAAAACUGGAGGUUUCUUUGACAAUCGACUAAAAACAAUGCGAAAGAGUAUGUCGCCGUCAAAAAGAAAACGAAAACCAAGCAAGAGCCAGAAAAAUACGAGAGCCGUGAACAGCAACCAGCAGCGAAAUUUACUCGUGGAGGAAGAUACUCUUAUCAAGAUUCGCUGGCUCCAAACGCAUCCCGCAAUCCCGCAAAACAGAGGAACGAUAACACAGUAUAUGUCGGACACGUUUGCUGCACGUCAGGCUAUGAUCGAAAGCGAAUUGACAACUUUUACUCUUAUUGUGGAGAAAUUCCCCCGUUUUGUUGACUUCAACAACGGAGCUCUGAUAUUCACCGAUUUUGCAACCACUUAUCCAAUGGUACAAAGCUUCGAAGAAAACUUCGUCGUGAAACUAGGAAACAAAAUUGAACGUUUAGCAAGACGUGACAAAGUUGAGCUCCCAGUUGAAACUUCAGAUCGUUGCCUCAAUUUGCUGAUGAUGGCCUUCCUUCUUUUCCCCGCAAUAAAAAAAAUAAAGCGAGAAUCCCUUACAAAGCUGAUGGGCAGAUUUCUUUAUUUUGAAAAGAACAAUUUUGACGUGGAAGAAUUUGCUAAGUUCCGUGAGGAACGCUUAUCGCAGCCAUUUUUGCUAUGUCUGUUGUCCAGGUCCGAUGACGUUCCGUUGUCAUUUUUUUAAAUGAUUGAUUUCACUUACAUCCCUUGCGGACACGAUUGUGCGUCUGCAUUUAAAGCAUUGUUUGCUUCAUAUUUCGUGUUCAAAUCCAAAUAUCCUCAAUUCCUUGGUCCCUUUUUCAAGUUUUUUGAAGAGGCUGUUUUUUCCAUUCACCCGUCCAUUACCCUAACUGUAGCCUCUUUUAUUGCUUCCCUUGACUCUGCCCCGAAUGAAUUUGUUUUUGAAACUAGCUGUUAAAUGUCUUUUUUUUGUUAUGCAGCAUGUUUUCAUUGAAGUUUUUCCCCUUACUAACAAACCCUUUCUUUACCUCUCUCCUGAUUUCUGUGUGACAAUGGAAGCAUGCUGCAGAUAUUUUUUUUUCAUUGU